AUGCGUCUAGUUUUUCUAUUGGCCACGAUUUUUUCAACGAGUUUUCAAAUUCCCGCUCCGAUUCCCGAGAUUACUGUCGUGGCAAAUGCAACACAAAGAUUCGUGCGACAGGAGGACGUUAAUUCAGAUCCGUGCCUCGACACCAGUCCUGUCAGUGUUAAAAUGCAGAAAAAAAUCGGCGUGUUCAAUGCUUGAAAUGUCUGGAAAUCAAGAAAAAAUUCUUUGGAUUAGAGAAAAAAAAAUCGGCCUUUUUUUGAAUGUUACUCAGAUUUUUCGAAUCACUUUUCUUCAAUAACUUCAAAAAUCGAAGAUUCUUCCGAAAAUUACAUAUUCCUAAUUUUCUAUAGCUUUACGCGACCAUGAUUUCUCGAUUCUGAAGUAAUUUAUGGUAGUUAUACUCUAGGGGCGACACCAGAUUCAUUCUGAAAUCGAGUAUUUUUCGGUUUUUUUUGUUGAAUUUCGCAUUCAGAUAAUAAUGGGUGAAGCUUUACUUUUCAAAGAAGCUCGAAAAAAUUACUGUUUUCGAGUCAUUUUUUCGAUUUUAAAACAAAAUAAAUAACGUGUUCAAUGGAGACAUGUUUCACGUUUCCAUUGAACACGUUAUUUAUUUUUCUGUUGGAACAAUAAUUUUAUUUUUAUUUCAGGUGGAAACGCCGCAUUUCAUUGAGUUGCCUCAGAGGUACAGCAAAAUCGUGGACAGGCCAUGGAUUUGGUCCGGCGUCCCUACCAAAGUUUGUCUCAAAAUCAACAAAAAAAAAUUUGUCGUAUAAUGCCGGAACAAGAGCCAUCGCAGACGUUUUUAGCCAUCAAUCAAGUUUAUGACAUGUCUCCGUUUUCAGAUGAUGUUCGGAGAAAUAAAAAAGAGAAGAAGUCGUUCAGAAUGGACGUAAUAGGUUUCAAAAAUGAAACGUUUGAAUUUCUCAACCAUUUUACCUUAAGUUAUUUUGAAAUUAAAAUUUUAGAGUAAUUUUAGCAUAAUACUGGCUCCGAAAUUUUCGUCAAGAGAAGGGCCGUUUGAAUAUUAAUAUUCAUAACUUUUUAAACUAACUGCCUUCUAAUUUCAGCUUUUCAAAAGUUACGGGGUGACCUAUCAGUGGGCUUGGAUGAAGGCGUUGAUAGUCCGUGGACUGAAGGACACGGUAAAGUGUUUAUUUAUUUAUUUUUCUGUUCAAAAUUAAGAGAUUUUUUCCUGAGUUUUUUUGGUUACUGUAGCUCUGUUCUCGCAAGAAAGCGAAAUUCAGAGCUCUAGUCUUUCUGUUAAGAAACUAGAGCGUAAAGAAACAUGCUGGAAUUCAAAAAGUUCUCGAGGUGAAGAGCCUUUUUCAGUGUUUUUUGGUCAUGAAUAAUUUUUGCGUGCUUAGGAAACCCAGAAAGGUUUUUAAAAUUAGCUUUUAAAAAAUAAUGGAAUUUUUUCACAGAUUGGGGACUUGCUGCAGUUUCUCGAUUCGAAAAGCUGUCUUUUUCGUUCCAGCCGGUGCGACGGUUCGCGAUUUGCUCCAGAAAAAAACAGCCGGUGUUUCUGGCCGGCGAAGUCAGCUGUGAUAUGCACGUUGUCCGUUUUUAAUUUUGCCUAUUUUCCUAUUAUUUUAUCGUCAUUUUUUCAAAACUACUCUUGAAAAAUUCUAGUUUUUGGUCUCGAGUACAGAGAACUUCCAUUUCAGCGUAGAAAAGAAUAGUUUUAGUUUUAAAAAAAUCAUGUUUCUCCCAAUUUGAAUUUCCAGAUUUUUCUAAAAAAAAAGGUUCAAAAACAUGACCCUGACUCGAUUAACGGUUAAAGUGAGCGAAAAAAAGUUAGUUUAAUCUUUUUUAUAGUUUGCUACUAUUUUUCGCAUCAGUGUUAAUUUUUGAAUCUAUGCUCCAUCAUUUUUUUCCAAUCCAAAGCUUUUUGAAUCGGAAUAUUUAUGAAUUCAUUUUUUUAUUUUGAGCCCAUUCCAUUCAUGAAUUAGGACUUUUUCCGGAGCUUUUUGGCAUCAAUGAUUUCGAAGUAAAAACAAAAAAAUUUUUAUGUUAUUUGAAAUGCAGUUUUGAAAAAUUUGAAAGAUGAAAAAAAUAUUUUUAAGCUAGAUUUUUUUAGCUCUAGUUCCUUUGUUGAAAAAAAAAAGUGAAGCUUGAAUGCUGUCAGUCAUUAGUCAAGUUAAAUAAAGCUUUAAUCAUUCGAUUUCCGUGUUUCCAUUUUUUAUAGUCUUUUCCAGUGUGAGAAUUCUUCAAAAACUGAAAGUUUCUUUUCAUUUCUCUCUUCCAAAAAUAUUUUCAGCGUGACAAUUCUUCGAAAACUGUAAAUUUCUUAUUGUUUUUUUCAUCGAAAACACUUUUUUUCAGCUCUACCAAGCCUGUGUUGAUCGCUACGGACCGUCUCCAUGUGCCUUGUACCCGUUGGAAAAUGGAAAUUACCGGAUGGAGAUUGGAGACGCUGCUUAUAAUGGGUAAAUUUCAGCUAACUUGGGCCAAAUCCCACUAAAAAUCCACAUGUGCAUUAGACGGAGAUCUUUUUCAAAUAUUUUGUUAGUUCGCGAUUUUUUAAAAAUUUAAUCACAGAUGAUUUUUGCUGGAUUUGUUCAAAGGAACAUUGGCUAAUUAAUGAUAAUGGUAGUGCAUCAAAAAAUUAUUUUUAGUGUUGUUUUCUAUUCUUUCAAUACUUUCUUACGCCUUUGAAGACUCAUAAAGAUUUUAUUUUGGCUUCACAGUCACUAGUUGAGUUGGAAUAUCAAAUAAUACUUGCCUUGUUUUUUUUUCCCAAAUGUUUUUCUCACAAGAAAAACAAUGGAUGAACUAUUAUACAGUAAAGAGUUUCGAAAUUGUAUUUUUUUCAGGUCAAUCGACACGGUUUGCGCAGAUCCUAUCGUGUUUCAUGAAUGGGGCACAAUGUUGAAUGUUUCCAAUCUCAAUAAUUUGUCAUAUACGGUCGACGUGAUGGGAAUUCUCGAAGACGGCAUCGGAGACGUUGUUCGUUGCUUCGAAAAUUGAUACAAAUAACUGGGAGGAAAAUUGUUGUCGGGAUGUCCUUUGAAGUUUUUCAAUGCGCCUUUAAUCGAAUCGCCAUUGUCUUCGAUGUGUUUUUGUUCUCGUGACUUUUCCACUUAUCAUACGCUGAGGAUUGAUUAAUUCAAAAUUCAAAAAUUCUUCAGAAAUAAAGGCGCAUGGACGACGCUUUAAAUGAUUAUUGACGCGAAAAAUGUGUCUUUUUUUUAAAAUGAAUUUUGGGCUAGCCUUGAAUGCACUAGAGCUUUGACAUUUUCCCAAUUUUAGUAUCUUAUUGAUGGGACGGGUAGAGGCUUGAAGGACCUUUGUAUGAUGAAAAUAUCGGCGGCUGUGGAUGAUCGCCAAGUCGAGGCGUGGUCGGCUCAGAGUCUGUGGAAGAAUUUGAGGUUACUUAUAUCUCUUUUUCCCUUAUUACCGAUUUUUCCGCAGAUUUUUCGAGCUGCGAGCCUUGGAAUUCACCUUGUUCCCGGGUAAUCUGAACAAGGAGGUCAAGGCGAAUAUCAAGAAGAUGUACGAUAAAAAGGUUUUGUGAUUAUUUGAGUAGAAGUUUCGUAAUUUCAGACUUAUUGGAUCUAAAAAUUGAAUUGAAGUUUUCUCGAAACGAUUCGAAGAUUUUCAAAAGGAGAGUUUUUUGAAGACGGUCCAAACAUAUUACUGCGAAGCUGUGCUCCGAGGCGUUUUGGAGUGGUCUGAGGGCCCAUCGGCCACCGUUUGCCACGUCGUUUACCCAGAUAAUGAUCGUCGACGUUUCGUUUCUAGGUCCAGAACAAUGAUCCGCGAAGGGCUCGGUCUGAAGACUCAGAUUCCUUCCCGAAAAAAUCAGUUCGAUACUUUCCAGGAAACUUCUGGAAGGAACAAGUUGCCCAGGACAUCGACGGCUUGGAGGCCAUGUAUCUGACUCCCAAACAGUUUGUCGAGACCAGAAAUCGGCUUUUGAACCGCACUGCCAAUGGUUUCUGACUCACGAUUUUUUAGUUUAAAUAGCAAAGUCUUGAGAUAAUUGUCACACAUUUAGCGAAGGUUAGCGCGAAAAGAAGAGGCUUAGACGUCUCUGUAGCUUUUUGUCUCAAUGUAUCGAUGAAUAGAAAAAGUUUUCAGUACAAAUUGGCAAUUUUGAAUUUUUUUUUUCGUACUAGGUGUCGAAUAUUCCGAAAAUUAUAUUAAACGUUUCUGAACUAAUUUCACAUCAUUCUCCAUUUUUACUCACCCUGAUCGUUGAAAAAAGUAUUUUUAAAGUUUUUAGAAAAAUCUUCAAGCUAUAAAGUUAUUUGAGCUGUUUAGAGACUCUUGGAAAAAAAGACCUGAAUGAUAGUUACAAAUAGAAAAAAAUUAUCUCAAAACAUUACGUUGAUUUUUUUUUAGUGGAAACGCUGCGGAUCACCGCGAAACAAAUUGUUCAUGACAAACCGAUGGUCGAAGAUAUUUCUGAGGUAAUCGUUUUCGAAAAAAAAGUACAGUUUUUCAAAUUUCGCCCGAGGGCUAGAGCUCUCAUUAAUUCACUGUACAAGUCUCGUGAGCGCAGUGAAUAAGGAGAGAAAAAAAAAGUAAUUUGAAGGACAGUGAAUUGUGGCUGUGGUCUUUUAGGUUCACAAGCGGCCCAUAAUGGGCAAGUCGGAGGCUCCAACCGAGCUUCCGCCGGAUUUCCCGAGUGCUCCCAAGGCGUCACCCAACAAAGAGCUCAAAUUCCAGGAACCGCCCUCAUUUGGUAAGGAACUUCUUCUUUUUUGUAUGAAUUGGUGUUCGGCGGAAACAUGGAGAAGAAGAACGCUAGAUUUCUGAGAUUCUUAUUUACUUCUACAACUUGGAACGCAAAAAACAAAAAAAUUGGAAGCUCGAAUAAAAAACGAAUGAUAAAAACUUUUAUCUUAUUUUCUGUAGAAAAGUUUACACAAACAAGAUUAUACAGGGUGAGUACUAAAUAUUGAAACAACGGUUUCAGGACUGGUGUACCCAUCAUACUUGAUAAAUAAAACUCACUCAUAAUUUUUUAGAGUCUAUACGCCUUCGUGAACUUGAAGUCUUAACAUUUUUCUAAUAUCUUGUUUUUUUGAUCAAAUCAUGAUAAAUUGAAACCUACCAAUCGGUUGCCCAAAAUCAGGUUUUGGCACGCUGCUAACCAUCAUCUCUAACAACGGCAAUUUUUCUUAGAAGGGAGCCAACUCUAGGAACCCAAAUUAUUUUUGUCUUAUACUACUAGCGUUACUCUUUAUUCUAAAUGUGUUUCAGGCUACUCUAGAUUUACUUUCUUUUUAGAACUGCAAAAUAUGCGAAAAAAAUCUAAGAUCAACGAUUAAUCGCAUAUUACAGCCCCCCUCUCAAAUAAGAACAGCCUAACCUUGACCCAAUUAUAUAUUUUUCAAAGCUGAGACUUUGGGCUUUUGUAUAAAGUAGUCCUACCCUGAAUUAGAAAAAAUCAAGUUCGAGCAGUGAUAAAAUUCCGUUUUGCAUGAUUUUGAAAAUGAAAAAAACGGUUUUGUUAGCUCUUUUCGGGGAGUGCUCCUAUCAUUUUUGUUAACGCUCAUUGAUGGAAAUUUCUAAGAAAUAUUGCGAAAAACCCAAAGUUUAGUUUUUGUGUAUUUAUUUGAACAUGAACGUUCAGAUAACUUUUUACCAGUUGUAAACAUCGAAAAAUGACCGCGUGCCGUUGGAGCUUGGGUCCUACACUCUUUUCGAGCCAGAGCAGAGCUGAAUGAAGAUGGGAAUCGGAAUAGUUUCAUGAAUUUCGGAAUGUACAUGCCAGAAUUGCCAAUGAAAAGUUUUGGUACGGAUCAUUCACUUUUCCUCGGAGUUGCGCUUGUUCAAAGGUGUUUCAAUAAUUAGUACUCACCCUGUAAUGAAAAAACCUUGACUGCAGUGCUUUUGAAAAGGAUUUUGAAAAGCCGAUUUUAAACAAAUUUUAAACAAAUUGAAUUCGAAAUAAGAUGAUCAAAUAUUUGUUCUAUGCUCUUUACCUUAGAAGAAAUAGUUUGAUUUUUACCCGUUCUCUUCAUUUGAUAUCAAUUUUUUUGUACUGAAACUUUUUAACGGUUGUAUAAAAAAAUUCUCUGUAACUUUGAAAGGCGCGAAAGCUCUAUGUGAUCUAAAAUUAAACUGAGAGCGGCUCUUCGCUUCCAGACCUUCAUAUUCUCCUUUACCCCAUGAAAGAUGGCUGAAAACACUUCACACCACAGAACGCUUAAGCAUUAGAGAGUCAAAAAAAAAUUCUUUAUUUGGAGCUUGGUUUCAGUGAUUUUAUGACCCUAAAUAUGUCUAAUUCAGAAUUUCAAAACCCAGUGGCGUACGAGGAGCUGUUGGAAGAGCCGAUGCCGGCCGCCGACGUCUCAGACUACGUCAACGACCCGAUGAUCGUGGUCAACGGCGAACUGCUGCAUUCCGCCACGGCCAGCGCCCCUCUCAUCAACGAGUUCAUCGAGGAAAAGUCCAACGAACCGGUCUUCAUAUCCUCAUCUUUUCCCUCCCUGCCUCUUAUCUUUUUUCCCUCACUUAUUACAUAUGUUUUCAUAUAUUUUGUUUAGAUUUUUUAGUUUCCCAGUAUUGCACGAGCUUCAGAUGUUCCACAUUCCAAAGUUUCCGUGCACACCGCUUGCAACUUACCCAAACUUAUACGAGUGA